GGUUGGCGCAGUGCCAUCGCACCAGAGCAGAAGAAACAAGCUGGCGGUAGGAUUGACAGGAGAGUGGUGGUUUUUGGCUUACUUCUUGUCGUCAUCAAACCCAACCACAUCUCUUACAAAAUCACAAUGUCCACCAACAAGAAGACAGACACCGCCGCCGCCGCCGCUCCCACCACCACCAAGGGCUCUGCUCCUAUGAGCAUNCCCUGCUGGCUCUUUGCCAGCAUCUGGCUGGCCACCAAGGCCAAGAUCACCAAAGACCCCAGCGCGGGCAACAUCAUCAAGAGGGCCAAUGGCCAGAAGCUCGUCGCUGCGCCUUCGGGCUUUAAGCACAUCUUGGAAGAUGAGAUGCUGCAGCAUCUCAUGCUGCUCAACGCCUAA